AAAACGAGGCGGCCAUUGGACGGCCCUUAGAGCUCUGCGUGAGCACAUCUGAUGAUCUGACGAACGGAGACAAAGUUUCAGCGGGGGCCCCGCGUGGAGCCAUUAAAAUGAAGUUAUUUUGUUCUUCUUAACUUUUUCUGGGAUUUUCUGUUACGUGAUUAAUGUACGAACUUCUUUGGUGAGAUCUGUGGGUGUGCAUAUGGUUUCUACAGGGAGAUUCUGUUAUUAGACGCAAUUUAUCGGGUGAUCCGCCCUUCGAUCUUUUAUUAAUUCUGUUUGGAUCUGAUAUUUGAAAGGAGGGUAAAAUUGUUGUUGUUGUGAUUCGAAGCCCGGGCGAGACUCGAUCACGAGACAGAAAAUAUUUAAUUUUGAGACUCAGAGGUCGGGGGCUCGAAUCCGGGACGCUCAGUUUCUUGCCAGAAGAGUAUUGAUGCCUUCGACAGCGUGACUCGUAUUGUAUGCUGUUCUCCGAGCGUUCAUGUGUUGGAUGAUCGCAUCAAGUAUAUUGUAAGUGUUUUGGUUGGUUGGGAGCUCCUUCCUGGUGCUCCCAUACACUUAGGUAAUGUACUCGGAAGCAAUUUGCAAAUACUGGCGGUUUGGUUGCUCUGCUUCCAAGAUCGAAGUUGCGACUGCCAGUGCUACAGAAAGAAGUAUGAAGUUUUUGAAACAGUAGGGUUUCAUGAUUGUUAAGAAAUCAUUUUGUCUUCCAAGCAGGCAAGGUACCAUUCUGGUGGAAUCUUGCUGUGGAAGCCAAGUACAGGUCCAAGGAAAGCUUAUACUUCCCAACAUGCCUUCUCAGAUUGAUUGUCCUAUACAAACACGGAUGGCUGUUGCUGUUGGGGAGGAGGUUGCGAACAAGAAAUAUCAUGGCCUCCAAGAUGCUACAGGAAAAGCUACCAGUAGGCGGCGUGUAUUUGUCCAGACAGAUACUGGAAGUGUGCUGGGUAUUGAGUUGGAUAGGGCAGACAAUGCACAUACUGUAAAAAAGAAAUUGCAGUUGGCAUUGAAUGUACCCACCGAAGAGACUGCUCUUACCUUUGGUGACUUGGUGCUGAAGAACGAUCUAAGCGUGGUCAGAAAUGAUGCUCCCCUUCGUCUCACCAGAGGAGACAUCCACAGAAGCUCUUCUACGCCUUGUCUCUCUCCCAGAAUUGAUAAUCUGCAAUAUAGAGAUAGGAGUGGACCAUUGGAGAUUGUUGGUGGUUCAAGUGGCCAUUCCGAGAUAAAGAAAUUGAUAAAACAAGCGGUCAGGGCAGUUGAAAGUGGUGUAGAUCCCAUCCCUGUUCAACGAGGGCUCGGUGGAGCAUACUAUUUCCGUGAUAUUCUAGGUAAAAGCAUAGCUAUUGUAAAACCUACAGAUGAAGAGCCCUUUGCACCUAAUAAUCCCAAGGGUUUUGUUGGAAAGAUUCUGGGGCAACCUGGAUUGAAGAGAUCAAUAAGGGUGGGAGAAACAGGUGUCCGAGAAGUCGCCGCUUAUCUUCUAGAUCACGAUGGAUUUGCAAAGGUGCCUCCAACAGUGCUUGUUAAAAUUUCACAUUCAGUUUUUCAUCUUAACAAUGGUAUGACUGCAAGCAAAAUCGUAAACGGUAAACAAAGCAUUAGUAAGAUUGCUUCAUUUCAGCAGUAUGUUGAACAUGAUUUUGAUGCCAAUGACCAUGGGACAUCCAGUUUCUCUGUUGCUGCGGUUCAUAGGAUUGGAAUUCUAGAUAUAAGAGUAUUAAAUACCGACAGACAUGCAGGCAACAUUCUUGUGAAAACUUAUGACACAGAUUUUCUCAAGUAUAGUCAAAUGGGUGGUGCAGUUGAGCUUAUACCUAUAGACCAUGGCCUAUGCCUUCCAGAAACAUUGGAGGAUCCUUAUUUUGAAUGGCUUCAUUGGCCUCAGGCCUCUAUACCGUUUUCAGAGGCUGAAUUAGAAUAUAUAAGCCGACUUGAUGCGUUGAAGGAAGCCGAUAUGCUGAGAACAGAGUUACCUAUGAUGAGGGAGUCUUCUUUAAGAAUUCUCAUACUGUGCACUAUUUUCCUAAAAACUGCUGCUGCUGCUGGAUUGUGUCUUGCAGAAAUUGGUGGAAUAAUGGGUCGAGAGAUUUAUGACGUAGAAGAGGAAGCAAGUGAGUUGGAAGUAGUUUGUUUGCAAGCUAAGAUUGAGACUGAUCAACAAAUCUCCGCUGCAAAUAGUGAGUUAGUGGAGGAUUUAUCUGAAGGGUUCUAUGAAGAAGAGCAUUCGGCAGAUCAAUCACAGAUUGAUUUCCAUAGGAAGGAAAAUUUGAUGUAUCAAUUGCAGUUCGAUUUGGAGGAUGGAAAUGAUUUUCAGAAUGGGACAGUCUUGACAAAUAAUAAAAAUGAUGAUGUAUGCUUGAACUUUGGGGAAAGGCAUGAUACCCAGGGAUCAGGUAAAAAGAAACUAAACAUGCCUCAAGGUACCGGGCUCUCAUUGUUGCUCCCUCAAUCUUCUUUCCCAAGUCCCCAAAAAAAUGGGUUGCAGUUCCAUUCAGCUUUGAAUUCAUUCUGUGCCAUCCAUGCUUUAUCACCCAGAAUCUCUAAUGAAGUCCCUGGAUUGCCACUUCCAUUGAAUUUCUCGUCUCCUAAACCCCACAAAGGCUGGCCGCUGGCAAAAUUGGAAGAGGUUCCUAUAGAAGAGGAAGAGACGCAGGAAUUGUUUCCUGAGGACAAACUUGAAAAUAGUAUUAUGAAGAAACAGAGCCCUGUAUCAAAUAGGCAGUUUAUAAUGCCUAAGAGUAAAACAUUUUUCCAACGAAAUCAGCGUUGCACUACCUACAUAGGUGCAAGGAAGGGGUUUGCAAGGAAAGAUGUAUCACCCUCAAAAACCAUGCAAAGUGAGCCUGAGCCAGGUAUGAUGAUCCCAAAUACCAUAAAAUUUUCAGACAUGAGCAAGGAGGAGUGGACCUUAUUCAUUGAUAACUUUCAGAAACUCUUGCCGGGUGCAAUUGCAUCUAGAAAGCAGGGUACAGUGAACCACAAGCAGAGACUUGGGGCUUCAUGCCAGUUUUGAUUGCAUAUAAAGUUCCAAUUGCUUUGAAAGUCCUUGUUCGUUGGUUUGCUUCCCAGUGUAGCAUAUUGUACGAUACCUGUAUAGAGUUGUGUAUAAAUAUGUUAAGAGAGAGCGUCAGGUGUUGAGAAUCCUUUGUCAUGAUAUUUACAGUAGUAGUUGAGCCACUUUAUUUCUGGGCUUACUAUUUUGUAAGUUUCUCUAAUGAAAAGCUUCUUAGUUAGACCACAACUUUCAAAGUAUUUUCCUCUUAGCAGAAUGGCAGCAACUCUUUCUUUUACCAGUUGAUAUGUAACAAAAUUUAUAUUCAACCUUUUCCAGGCGUUUUGAUCUCCA